CCUCUCUUCUCCUCACUUUGUCUCAUCAUGAGCGGUUUCCCAGAAGCGGCAAUUCCGUUGACAACGACCGUGCCCUCGUGCGUUUCAGGUAAAGACGAAUGUACCCCUUUAAAUAGUUGCACCGUUGCUUGCAGGUCCCUGACAUUAUCUAUCUGUCUAUGCAGUCGCAGCUUCUUCUUCUUCGCUUACAAUGACAACAUCGUCGAGUAGUGAGGAACCCUGGCCUCUCGUUUUCGAUAGCACUAUGGCUUAUAUGUACGACGAAGGGCUGCGCACGCCCGAAUCUUCUGAUUUCAAUCUAUUACCUUACAUUCCCGAGAAUUACUAUGCCCAGCAACAGUAUAUGAGUCCAGCAGCCACACCCGAGGAGAAAAGUUGUCCCACGCCGCAAUGGGAUCACCCCAACAAUUUGACUCGAGACCAACUGAUCGAACGCGUUCUCCAGCUUGAGCGUGAGCGACUGCAUUACUACUGGCCACCUCUUCAUCACCAACAUCCAAACCACCACCAUCAUCCUCAGCAACAGCAACAACCGCCGGCCCCACCCGCUCCCGAAGAAGAAAUCACGUACUACUGCCGUUGGAAUCAUUGUGACGUUCAAACGUGCCAUCUUGAUGAGCUGAUCGCACAUAUCCGGGAUAUCCAUGUUGGAAGCGGAAAGGCUGCAUAUUAUUGUGAAUGGGCUGGCUGUCCUCGUCAAAACAAGCCAUUCAUGAAGCGGCACAAGAUGCAUAAUCAUAUGCGCACGCAUACUGGUGAAAAGCCGUUCGUUUGCACUAUCGAAGGUACCGCAACACACAAUAACAAAUGACAAAGGGGCGGGAAUGACGGGAAUUUUCUUAAUAUAGAUUGUGAGCAUCCGGUCACUAACAAUGCCAUCUGUUACUUCUUAGAUUGUGACAAGCGCUUCUCAC